CUCCCCAGACCCAAGAGCACCCAUCAUGAGCCCCCCAACCCUUCUACUGCUGCUCUCAGGGGCCCUGGCCCUGACAGAGACCUGGGCAGGCUCCCACUCCCUGAGGUAUUUCUUCACCGCGAUGUCCCGGCCCGACCCCGGGGAGCCCCGCUUCAUCGCGGUGGGCUCCGUGGACGACACGCAGUUCGUGCGGUUCGACAGCGCCGCGGCGGGGCCGAGGAUGGAGGCGCGGGCGCCCUGGAUGGAACUGGAGGGCCCGGGGUACUGGGAGGAGGAGACGCGGAGAGCGAAGGGCCACGCACAGACGUUCCGAGUCAGCCUGAACAACCUGCGCGGCUACUACAACCAGAGCGCGGCCGGCUCUCACACCCUCCAGGGGAUGUACGGCUGCGACGUGGGGCCCGAAGGGCGCCUCCUCCGCGGGUACAGUCAGUUCGCCUACGAUGGCGCCGAUUACCUGGCCCUGAACCGGGACCUGCGCUCCUGGACCGCGGCGGACACGGCCGCUCAGAUCUCCCGGCGCAAGUUGGAGGCGACCGGGGAGGCGGAGCGCCGGAGGAACUACCUGGAGGGCAGGUGCGUGCAGUGGCUACGCAGAUACCUGGAGAUCGGGAAGGAGACGCUGCAGCGCUCAGAGGCCCCAAAGAUACAUGUGACCCACCACCUCACCUCUGACCAGGAGGUCAGCCUGAGGUGCUGGGCCCUGGACUUCUACCCUGCGGACAUCACCCUGACCUGGCAGCGAGAUGGGGAGAACCUGACCCAGGACACAGAGCUAGUGGAGACCAGGCCUGGGGGGGAUGGAACCUUCCAGAAGUGGAUGGCUGUGGUGGUGCCUUCUGGAGAGGAGCAGAGAUACACGUGCCAUGUGCAGCAUGAGGGGCUGCUGGAGCCCGGAGUCCUGACUUGGGUGCCCCCUCCUCCGCCCACUGUCCCUACUGGCUCCACCCACCCCACUGUGGGCAUCAUUGCUGGCCUGGUUCUCCUUGGAGCUGUGCUCACUGGAGCUGCGGUGGCUGCAGCUGUGAUGUGGAGGAAGAAGUGCUCAGGUAGACAAGGAGGAAGCUACACUCAGGCUGCAGGCAGCGACAGUUCCCAGGGUUCUGAUGUGUCUCUCACAGCCUCUAAAGGUGAAACAGUUACUGUUGGAACAAGCUUUCCUGGUUAGCUGGGAACAUGCACACCCGCCAGCACGUCCUCAGAGAAUAGGAGUCAGUUCUGGGAUGUUCUGUUUGCAACACUUCUAACGUCCUGGAACUCCCUACGAGUAAACAGGUGCUCUUCAAAUACUCCCGCUCCCUAGGGUAGCAGGCUCCCAACACUGGGACAGAGAGGGUGGGACCAGGUUAUGGAGAAGCUGUGAGGGGGACAUUCUGAGGAUGCGGUGGACUAUGGAGAAUGCUGACACUUAUACGUGUUUCUUGAAUUCUUUUGUGAUCCUUUUCCUUCUCAGUGUGAACCAGCUGCCUUGUGGGGGCUGAGUGAUGCAGGAUUUCUUCUCACCCCCACUUGUAAUUUCAAGAUCCUCUGGUUUCCUUUGCUGCAAAAGGCAUCGGAAUGUGUCUCUGUUCUUAUGAGAUAAUAUGAGGAGGUGGGGAGACUGGCCCAGCCCUGUCCACCGGCCCCUCCCCACACUGACCUGUGUCUCUCCCUGAUGACUUUCCUGCUCCAGCAGAGUCAGCUUAGUCUGUGUCUACCCCUGUUUUUGUGUUUUCCUCAAGAAUAGUAACUACUUCCCUCUUGAAAAUAAUAAUUGAGUUCUGAAAUUACUUUGUGUAAGCUUGCCUGAUGGGUUGGGGGGCUAAUAAAAAUGAUUCCUAAAUUUUGAAAUAAAAUAAAUGGGAGGGCCUCCCUGGUGGUGCAAGGGUUAAAACGCAACCUAUGAAGGUAUCUAAAGCCAAUGCAGCACGAGUUUGAUUCCCAGCCAACCAGGGAGCAACCCACAUGGUGCAGCAGACCUCUCCUGACUCUCCCACUGCUCCCCUCAGCAGUGUACUUUGGUCAAUCUGCCCGUUCUGUUCCCCACUAUGUCUCUGAUGAUUCCUUUCACCACCCCACACCUCUGGCCUUACCCCAGUUCUUGUAUGCAUAAAUAAAUAAAUCUUUAAAAAAAAAAGAAAAGAAAUAAAUGGGAAACCU